AUGUACAUUACCAUGAAAGGAGAUUUAGUUGAAUUAAAUGAAGUAUCUUUAUCUUUAUUAAGUAAUAGAGAAAUCUUGUCAUUUCAAGAACUUAAAUAGAUAACCAUACUAAAGUUUAAUAUAAAUAAGAAAAACUAGUGAUUAAUGAUAAAAUAUUGUUACAUAAUUUCAAUAAACUAUUCAUUAAUAGAUUAGAUUAUGCAAUUAAAAAUUAUGAAAUAAGAUUACAAUAAUCCAUUCAACAAUUUGUAUGUAAUAGAUAAGAAAUACUCAAAAUUAAUUAAACAGAUAAAAAAUUAGUUACAAGAUAUCUUUGGAUAAAUGAUAAUUAUUCUGAAAUUAGAUAUGCUGAUGCUCCAUUAACUAAAAAUUUUAAAAAAAGUAUCUUAAUCCAAAAUUUUAGUCCCAUUAAACGAAAUUACAUGUCAAUACCAAUAAAAUGAUGAUAAAAUUAUGAAAGCACUUAAAAAAUAUGAUCUUUACCCUGAGUACCUGUUGACAAUUAUUCAUAAGAAAAAAUAGCUUUCUGUUGUUUUUCUCUCUUUUAGAAAAUUAAACUCAUUUAUAUCAUUUUGUAAUUGGAUUCUCAAAUCGAGAGAUUUACCAUAAAUUGAAUUUUCAGCCUUGUUAUUCCUAAAAUUCAAAUUAUAAUACGCAGCUUAGUAAUAAGGUUUACCUAUUAAAAAAUACUUACUCCUUUAGUUAAAUAGAAUUAGAACAUAACUAACUUUAAAAAGUAUUCAUUGAUCUUUUUUAUUGUUUAGGUUUAAAAGAAAAAAAUUCUUAGAUAUUAGAAUCAGGUCAAUCUUCAGAGAAAAAGAAAUGGUCCAUUUAAUUAACUAUAAAAAAAUCUAAAUAAGAAAGUAUGGAAAAGGAAAAUAUUAAUAAAAAAAUUUAGUUUUCUUGA